CAUUAAAUUUAAUGUAUUUUUUUCCAUAGGGCUGGACUCAUCAGUGGGACAUAUUGAUCAGAAAACAAAGAUAUGCUUCUGUGUUUCUGUAAAAAACCAAGAUAAAGCUGGAUAGCAUAAUGAUAUACCUCACAAAUAUCUAUGUCUUAACUUGUGCCUUUACAUUCACACUAUGGAAUAGUAUUCAGCCAACUGUAGAAGAUGAAUUUAUUGCAAAUUAUUCAAGCAGUUUGCUAACUAAUGUUCCAAAAACCAUUCCAGUCUGUACUGAAGUAUUAGAUUUAUCACAUAAUAGGAUCUCUGGACUUAGUAUCUCAGAAUUUAUUCAUCUUUCUGACCUUCAAGUAUUAAAUCUUUCUCAUAAUCUAAUAACAGUGCUUGACUUUAGUGUCUUCAUUUUUAAUGAAAAUUUAGAAUACUUAGAUUUAUCUCAUAAUAACAUUUCAAAAGUUUCCUGUCUAACUCUUGCAUCUCUUAGACAUUUAGAUCUGUCUUUCAAUAAGUUUACUGCCCUGCCCAUCUGUCAGGAAUUUGGGAACAUGUUUCAUUUGGAGUACCUUGGAUUAAGUGCUACGAUGAUACGAACGUCAGACUUCAGGUAUAUCAAACAUUUGCAGCUGCACACUGUCUUCCUGAACUUGGGAAACUUUUCACUGUAUGAGCCUCAGAGUCUGACAGUCUUGAAUACAAGGAACCUCCACAUUGCUUUUGCAGCAAAUCAAAAUUUCAUUUUUUCCCUCCUGUAUGAUGGAAUGAGCACUUCAGAAAACUUAAAAAUAGUUAACUUAAGAUAUACCUUGAGUUACAAAGAUUUCCCCUCUCCAUCUUUAAUGCUUCUGAAGAAAAUCAAGACAACAACUCUCACACUUGAUGCUGUGGAUUUACAAUGGGCUAUCAUCCUGCAAAUUUUCAUGCUUAUUUGGUAUUCACCUGUGGAACAUUUGACUGUGAGAAAUUUGACUUUUAGAGGACCACUGGAGGAGCCGACUGAAUUUGCAUUUCCACCCUUAUUAAGCUCUGUGGAACAAUUAAUCUCUUUGGAUGGCUCCAUGAAAGCAUUAACUUUGGAGCAUGUUCGUAAUAAGGUUUAUUAUUUCAACCAGGAGAUUCUAUACAGACAGUUUUCAGAGAUGAAUAUCGCCAAUUUGACAAUAGCCGAUGCAUAUAUGCCACACAUGCUUUGCCCCAAUAGAACAAGCUCAUUUCAGUACUUAAAUUUUUCUCAAAAUGCCUUGACAGAUGAGUUGUUCCAGAAUUGCGGCACUCUCGUGGAUCUUAAAUUACUUAUUUUGCAGAAGAAUAAAUUUGAGAGCCUUCGCAAAGUAAGCUUCAUGACGAGCCGUAUGAAAUCCCUGACGUACCUGGACAUGAGCAACAACCUGCUGCGCCACGAUGGAGCUGGCGUGCAGUGCCAGUGGGCCGAGUCUCUGGCAGAGCUGGACCUGUCCUCCAAUCAGUUGGUGGAUGCUGUGUUUGAGUGCUUGCCGGCCAACGUCCAAAAACUCAGCCUACGAAACAAUCACAUCAGCAAUGUCCCCAGCGGGGUGACGGAGCUGAAAUCCUUGGAGGAGCUGAACCUGGCAUCGAACAGGCUGGCUGACCUGCCGGGCUGCGGCGGCUUCACGUCCCUGCAGUUCCUGAACGUGGAGAUGAAUUCGAUCCUCACCCCGUCUGCUGAUUUCUUCCAGAGCUGCCCGAGGGUCAGGGAGCUGCAGGCCGGGCACAACCCGUUCCAGUGCUCCUGUGAGCUGCAGGCCUUUAUCCAGCUGGAGAGGCGCUCCGGGGGAAAGCUGUUUGGCUGGCCGGCGGCCUACGUGUGCGAGUACCCAGAGGGCUUGCGAGGGACGGAGCUCAAGGACUUCCACCUGAGCCCGCUGGCUUGCAACACGACGCUGCUGCUGGUGACAGCUCUGCUGCUGACGCUGCUGCUGGUGGCUGCGGUGGCCUCUCUGUGCAUCUACCUGGAUGUGCCGUGGUACGUGCGGAUGACGUGGCAGUGGACGCAGACGAAGCGCAGAGCUUGGCACAACCCCCCCGCAGAUCAGGAGGCCAUUCUGCAGUUCCACGCGUUCAUUUCCUACAGCGAGCGCGAUUCGCUGUGGGUGAAGAACGAGCUGAUCCCGAACCUGGAGAGGGGGGAGGGCAGCGUGCAGCUGUGCCAGCACGAGAGAAACUUUAUCCCCGGCAAGAGCAUUGUGGAGAACAUCAUUAACUGCAUUGAGAAGAGCUACAGGUCCAUCUUUGUGUUGUCUCCCAACUUUGUGCAGAGUGAGUGGUGCCACUAUGAGCUGUACUUUGCCCAUCACAAGUUGUUCAGUGAGAAUUCCAACAGCUUAAUCCUCAUUUUGCUGGAGCCCAUCCCUCCGUACCUUAUCCCUGCCAGGUAUCACAAGCUGAAAGCUCUCAUGGCAAAGCGCACCUACAUGGAGUGGCCGAAGGAGAGGAGCAAGCGUGCCCUAUUCUGGGCCAACCUCAGGGCAGCCAUUAGCAUUAACCUGCCAAUAUCCAGUGAAGCAAAUGAGUAA